ACACACAGAACCUCACUGUUUUCUGUUCUGUCCCAAAUCGAAACUCCAACCAAACGAACUCUGUCCUUAAAUUUCUCGCCUAAUUCGGAACCUUUCGCGCUGCAGAAACCAAAUCUCGGUGAUUUUUUUUUUCAGGAAUGCCAUCAAUGGCGCAAGGAGAAGCCAAGAGCUCUGUACUAAGCAAUAAACCAAACCCUAAAUCUCCUUCUCGCUUCAGCAUGAGGCAGAAGAUAACAGAACAUAGAAAGUCUCUUCCUAUAGCUUCAGUGGAGAAACGUCUUAUUGAGGAGGUUCAGAAGAAUGAUAUUCUGAUUAUUGUUGGUGAAACCGGUAGUGGGAAGACUACUCAGUUGCCUCAGUUCCUGUUUAAUGCUGGUUUCUGUCGGGAAGGAAAGAUGGUAGGGAUAUCACAGCCGAGGCGUAUCGCUGCUAUGACCGUGGCUAAAAGGGUAGCUGAGGAGUGUGAUGUUCCGUUAGGCCAAAAGGUUGGCUACUCCGUUAGGUUUGAUGAUACCACUUCUAGCUCCACGAGGUUGAAAUACAUGACUGAUGGUUUCUUGCUGAGAGAAGCCUUGGUGGAUCCGCUUCUUUCUAGAUAUUCAGUCAUUAUCGUCGAUGAAGCUCACGAGAGGACUGUUCAUACUGAUGUGCUUCUUGCCUUGCUUAAAAAGGUGCAGCGAGAUCGGUCAAAGGCUGUUAACGAGAGAAGUAGCGAGACUGGUGGUGGUGUGUUAAGAGGGUGUCAAGGCAGGAAAGUAUCUCCGUUAAAGCUGAUAAUCAUGUCCGCAAGUUUGGAUGCACGUGUGUUCUCUGAGUAUUACGGUGGUGCCAAAGCUCUUCAUGUGCAGGGGAGACAGUUUCCUGUGAACGUUCUUUACACUGUUCAUCCUGAGACAGAUUAUGUUGAUGCAGCUUUGGUCACUAUAUUUCAGAUUCAUAUGGAGGAGAAGGAAGGUGAUAUACUUGUUUUCCUCACUGGACAAGAUGAGAUUGAGUCUGUUGAGAGACUAGUCCAAGAAAGACUUCAGCAUUUACCUGAAGACAAGAGGAUGCUACUGCCAAUGACUAUCUUUGCUGGUCUUCCAUCAGAGCAGCAGAUGAGAGUGUUUGCCCCUGCGCCUAUUGGUUUCCGUAAGGUGGUUUUGGCCACAAAUAUAGCAGAGACGUCAAUUACAAUUCCUGGAAUAAGAUAUGUGGUAGACACUGGAGUUGUUAAGGCACGAACCUAUGAUCCGAACAAAGGAAUGGAGUCGCUUGAUGUUGUUCCAACAUCAAAAGCACAGGCGCUUCAAAGAAGUGGACGUGCAGGACGUGAGGGUCCUGGGAAAUGUUUCCGUCUUUAUCCUGAGAGGGAGUUUGAGAAGCUGGAGGAUUCAACCAAACCAGAGAUCAAGAGAUGCAAUCUCUCAAAUGUCAUCUUGCAGCUCAAGUCUCUGGGGAUUGAUGAUAUUGGUGGAUUUGAUUUUAUAGAUAAACCUUCUAGGGGAGCCAUUGUAAAAGCAUUGGAGGAGUUGCGGUUGCUUGGCGCCUUGACGGAUGAUGGUAAACUAGAGAAACCCGUUGGCGAACAAAUGGCACGGCUCCCAAUGGAUCCAGUUUACUCCAGAGCUCUGAUUUUGGCCAAUCAGUUCAACUGUCUUGAGGAAAUGUUAAUCACCGUUGCAAUGCUCAAUGUGGAAUCCAUAUUUUAUGAUCCUCGUGAGAAGAGAGAAGAGGCAAGAACUUCAAGAAACCACUUUACUAGCGUUGAAGGGGAUCAUCUAACUUAUCUGAGUGUUUAUCGAGAGUUGAAUGAGUUCUUGGAGAAGAGAAAGGAAGAAAACAGUGAAGCCAAAGUUGAUAAAAUUAUGAGGAAAUGGUGUAAGGACAACUUCGUGAAUAGUCGUUCCUUGAAACAUGCUCGUGACACUUAUAGACAAAUUCGUGGAUACGUAGAGCAGAUGGGGUUUAAUGUGUCAUCAUGCGGCAAUGACAUGCUUGAGUACCGAAGAUGUCUUGCUGCGUCGUUCUUCCUUAAAGCUGCUCAGAGACAAAUGGAUGGUACAUACAGGGCGUUGGAAAGUGGUGAGAUUGUGCACAUCCAUCCAAUUUCUGGUUUGUUCCGUUCAAAACCAGAGUGUGUUGUCUUCAACGAGCUUAUGCAAACCACCAAGAAGUACAUCAAGAACCUGACAAGAAUUGAUCCUUUAUGGUUGGCUGAGUUGGCUCCUCAUCAUUACAAAACAGAAGAGUGACGACGUAACGCAUCUUGUUAAAACACAACCAGUGUUCCUUAGAGAUCAAUUUUGCAGACUAAUAAUUUUUACAAUGAUUAGUGAUUCUAUUCUGUUGGAGAUAAGUUCCCUUUGUGCUUCUUCUUAUGUGUCAUUUAUGUUUCUCCAUUAUAUAUUUUAGCAUGAACUAACAUUUAUGUUUUAAAACUCUCUC